AUGUGGGGGCCUUGUGCCGCUUUCAAAGUCACUUGUGCCGCGCACGGAUACACUAUUGUCGUGUCGCGCGAAGUGGACAUUUAUCGUAUCCUUCAUCGCGCACAAGGAUCUGCGAUUCCAGUUUUCCUUGGAGCCAUCGACUUGGCCAAGGUCUACUUCCUGCACGGCGCAGGAGAUAUACGGCACAUGCUCCUUAUGGGCUGGGGCGGUGUCAUCCACGAAGAUCUCCGGCCAGAGAAUAUACUAUGGAAUGCUGGACUAUAUCGUGCGUUAGUUAUUGAUUUUCAUCGAUGCGCGCUAGAUCAGCAGCCCACGUACAAACGGCCAGGGUCUGUCCAACGGCGCCAAUGUGGGCCUCAAGAACGUGAAUGCAAGAGAGUACGCGUGUCUUGA